AUGCUCGAUCCGUCGACGGUGCUGGAUAUUCUACCCUUUAUCUCUUGCGGAUCUUUUGGAUUUGGAUUGACGAUGACUGUCGCAAAACGAGUUGCUGUGAUUGGCGCAGGGCCAGCUGGGGCCAUCGCCAUCGACGCAUUGGUUCGUGAGCAGGCCUUCGAUGUCAUCCGGGUGUUUGAGCGCCGUGAAGCUGCCGGGGGAUGCUGGAUCGGAGAUAAGAAUCCACCCCCAGAGCUGCAGAGAUCUGAAAUCACGGCCCUCAGCUCGAGGACCGCGGAUCGGCCAGUCCCCAUCCCGUCAACGCUUCCCGCGCAGACUGCCCGGACGAACGUGCCUCGGUAUACCGAGUCCUCUAUCUACCCAUACCUGGAGACGAACAUCGACUACCUGCCAAUGGAGUUCACGCAAGAACCGUUCCCUACCGAGCAAAGCGAGUGGUCGGUCGCAACACACGGGCCCGACACACCUUUCCGGCACUGGUCGCUCGUCCGAAAGUAUGUCCAGGAUCUCGUGAGCAGGAAUGGCUACCAGGAUCUGGUUUCAUACAGCACAACAGUCGAGAGGGCAGAGAAGAUUGGCAACCAGUGGAAACUCACCUUGCGUAAGGGAGGGAAGCGCACCGACUACUGGUGGGUGGAGUGGUUUGAUGCCGUCGUCGUAGCGAGCGGGCACUACUCCGUCCCGUAUUUCCCUAGUAUUGACGGCCUGGCUGAGCUUGCGGAGAAACACCCUGGGAGCGUGAUUCACAGCAAGCAUUUCAGGGGCAGUGAGGCCUAUGUAGGCAAGAAGGUAGUGGUGGUAGGAGCGUCCGUGUCGGCCGCCGAUAUAGCCUACGAUCUCGCCACGACUGCACAAAGUCCAGUACACGCCGUCAUGGUCGGACACCAGUUCAACGGAUACUUUGGCGGCGACGCAUUUGACCACCCACGCAUUUCCAAAAAGCCGUCGAUCACACGGGUCCAGCCGGACACACGCACCGUACACUUUGCCGACGGCACCUUGGUCGCCGGCGUGGAUGCACUCAUAUUCGGGACAGGCUACUCGUGGACCUUGCCCUUCCUCCCUUCGGUCGAAGUCAGGAACAAUCGCAUUCCGAAGCUCUAUCAACACGUUGUCUAUCAGCCAGAUCCAAGCUUGGUGUUUGUCGGUGCUGUUGGCGCGGGCUUAACCUUCAAGGUCUUUGAGUGGCAGGCUGUUUUGGCUGCCCGGGUCCUAGCCGGCCGUGCCUCUCUGCCAUCUUCAGAAGCGCAGGCCAAGUGGGAAGAGGAUCGCAUCAAGGCGAGAGGCGACGGGGCAAAGUUUACGCUCGUGUUCCCUGACUUCAAGGAAUACUUUGAUACGCUACGGAAGCUAGCUGGCCCGACAACGGACGGUAGAGGUCGAGACUUGCCGCCAUUUGACGAUCUCUGGUUUGAGAGGUUCAUGGCCGGGCACGAAAGGCGAAAGCAGAUGUGGAGAAGGCUGAAUGCCGAGGCACAAGGGCGAGGACUGGUCGCUACUGACGCCGCCGUCAAAGUCAGGGCCAUGUUGUGA